CAGCCAUCUUAUUAUAAACCAUAUGAAAAUGAUACAUUUGCAAUGCAUCACAUAAAUAAUGAUAACGGCUAUUAUUUACAACAAUACGAUUUAAAUCCAAAACCAGUGGUGACUGCAAAUGAUAAUGGAUAUACUACAAAAUAUACAGAACAAGACGCUUAUUCUAGAAUACAUAAUAAUGAAAAUAAGUCUUGUUGUGAUAAACUAUGUUGUGGUUGUUGUGGUUGUUGUCCUCGAUGGUAUCGAUGGCUUUCUUGUUGUUUUGUAUUACUCGUUAUUGUGUUAGGGAUUAUAGUGGGUGUCUUGAUUGGAUUGUUUAAGAAACCUUCCGUUGAAUUCACUGGUAUACAAGAUAAUCCAAAAUUUAAUCUUACUGGAACGAAUGCCAAUUUAAAUCUUAUGUUGGGCUUUAUUGUUAAUAAUCCAAACAUUGCAAGUGUUACUUUCAAGACUCUAGCCGCUACAGCUAAUUAUCAUGGAGACAAUACUCAAAUAGGUGGCGGAACAUUAAGUGAUUUACAUAUUGGUUCAAAUUCAAUUACCACUAUUUCAUUUCCAUUUGAUAUUUCAUUAAAUUUAUUAUCUCAAGAGACACAAACAAUAGCAGCAAAAAUAAUAUCCGAUUGUGGCAUAGGUGGUGGUACAGCAAAAGAUAUUCAAUUGGAUUACAAUGUAAUUGCAACAGUGAGUAUCUUGGGUGUUGCAAUCAGUAUACCUUAUUCCAAUACAGUCUCCUUCAAAUGUCCUAUUGAUUUGUUAGAUCAAUCAACCAUAUUAAAUAAUAUUGAAACUUUAUUACAGACUUUCCUAGGUCGUAGUACACUUAAAAAUAAUUUGGUUGGAACUGCAGGUAACCAUGCAGCUUUAGUUCUAAAUUCAGCAUCAAUUUAAUAUAACUAGAGAGAUUAAGCCUUCUUUUUUCACUAUAAUACACUUGUUCAUAAUAAUAAUGGGUAACGAUUUG